ACCCUCGUCUUGAACCUUGUCUCCCUAAUCUGGCCGCCGCCGCUCCGAGAUCCCCCAUCGGCAGACAACGCCACCUUUACACCGCCGACCUUCAUCGAGAGUUCCAACCCGCCCUGACCCCCGUCCUCCUAGCAACCCCCACAAUGGCAGCAUCGGAGACUUCAAUAGUGAGGGUGCCGUCGAGGUGCAAAGCAGAGACGGCGCGGGGCACGGUCGCGUUCCAGAUCGCCGGCUAUAGCUUGCACAAGGGCCUCGGUAGAGGCAACUGCCUCCGCUCUCCGGCAUUCUCCAUCGGCGGCUACGAAUGGUGCAUCCACUACUACCCAGACGGAAGCAAACACGAGGAUAGCGAAGGUUACGUAUCUGUCUUCCUCAAGCUCUUGACCAAGAACGCCGAGGUGAAGGCGCUCCACAACGUCAUGCUCGUGGAUACGGCCAGAGGGGGGUCGAUUAUUAUGAACGCCUACAAAGGUACAAAAGUGUUCGACAGUAAAACACCAUCUUGGGGCGUACGAAAGUUCAUGAAGAAUACAGCUGAAGUAGACUCGGUGUACCUGCGGAACGAUUGUCUCAUAAUCGAGUGUGAAGUCAGUGUAAUCAAGGAAACACCAGAUAUCCAUGUGCCGCCCUCUGAUCUUUCAGGUAAUCUUGCAACCUUGCUAGAGGCGAAGAUAGGAGCAGACGUGACUUUCAAGGUGCAGGGGGAGGUUUUUUCUGCUCACAAGGUUUUGCUUGCGGUGCGAUCGGCGGUCUUCAAUGCAGAGUUCUACGGGCCGAUGGGUGACAAAGGGGCGCAUGACAUAACUAUUGACGACAUGCAGCCUGGUGUUUUCAAGGCAUUUCUUCACUUCAUGUACACGGAUUCAAUGCCUCCCAUGGACAAUCUUGAGGAUGAUGACAAAAGAGAAAUGGUUAAACACUUACUCGUGCCUGCCGACAGGUAUGCCAUGGAAAGGAUGAAAAUGAUAUGUGAAGGCAUGCUAUGCAAGAGUCUUGAUGUUGAGACUGUAGCGACCAUAUUAGCUCUGGCUGACCAGCAUCAUUGCAGUAAGCUCAAAGAUGCUUGCAUUGAAUUUAUGCUCUCUUCAAAUAGAAUGAAUGAUGUGAUCGCAAGCCAAGGUUAUCUACACCUCAAAAUAUCUUCUCCUGAUGUCAUCAUGGAUGUGUUGGAGAGAGCAGCUAAGGCCCGCAAGAUUUAG